GCUAACCCAACUCUAACCCAGUUCUCAGUCUUACGAAGACCAUUCUGCUCAAGCAGCCGAGCUCACACAAUGCAAACAGAGCCUAAAAAACUUCUCUUUCAAGAUGACAACCAAAUACCUAUCAAGUUCUUCAUUCAGAGGGAUAUCCCUGAGCAGAUCCAAGCAGAGUUAUGCGAGUCUAUAGCGGCAGAAGGAGGUCGCGUCGAAUCUAAAGUACCCCGUGCUGGUUAUAUCCUGAUACAACCGGGCAGCCCUGAAGGAGAACGUCUCCUGACAUGUUGGGCUUCGGGGGAAAGGCCUGAGCGAUUCAUUGUGCCUUAUACCUGGGUUGAUGCAUGCAGGAUUCACAAAUUGUUACUCAAACCGAUAUUCAUCGUCGACGGGGAACCGAUCCGCAUGCAUAUCGAUUCAAGUAUUGCUAAUGUGAAUGCGCGUGCCCUUCUCAGUUCCCGUAUAAUCCAUUCAGGCGGUGAUCCUUCAGCAUCCGCUCAAUCAGCACGUGUAAUCCUCGCCGACCCCAAUACGGAGGUCUUUCAGCAUCUUGUCAAGACUUAUCAAGGGGAACCGGAUAAAUAUGUCGAAUCAUAUUUGUGGGUCAAGAAGUGCCAAGAGCGAGGGGUUCUGAGCUUCACACCCGUUGUUUACAAGAACCCAGGGGGUCGACGACCUGGAGAAGAGCGAACUCAAUUCACAGAUGAGGAUGAAGAGCACCUAUGCAACUGGAUCGCUGCCAAGAUCCCAUACAAGGAAACAGGAGGGAGGACAGGUAAUCGCUUAUAUCAACAAUUGUGUGAAAUGUCCCAAGAUCCUGAAUAUUCCUGGGUCUCUCGACAUACAUGGCAGUCCUGGCGGGAACGUUACAAGAAGAAUGCGUUUCGGCUAGAUAACAGGAUAGCGCAAAUUGUAGAGGAGAAGAAGCCUGCCUUGGGUGAGAAGGGUCAAUAUGGCUAUGUUCGCAAGCCCGAAGAGAAGCCAAAGCGGACCAGAAGGAAGAAGAAUCAUGUUCAGGAUACCAACAUAAACGGGAACGUAGCCGGACCUUCUACGAAGAACGACAUAGACGAACCACCUAUGGCGCUGCAUUUACCCCUCCCGCCACCUCCGCACCCAGGCAUGGCUGCUCCAGAAGGUCCACCGAACUAUUCUGUUGUGUUGUAUGCUCAUCCACCUCCGCCUUUCCCUCCGAUGAUCCCUCCCGCAAAUGGUAGACCUUUGGAUGUAGCCCUCGCACGACAGAACGCCCAAGAACAAGAGAUGGAGGAUGGUGAAGAGGAAUCGCAAUGGCCUAUCAGAGUAGCCGAUGGCCCCCCACCGGCGUGGGCCAAGAGACGGGCGGAUACCGAGGAGGAGGGUCCAAAUAAGAGGCCACGCACAGAAGUGCCAGAAGAAGUUCCGAGGAUAUCUCCGCCAGUCCUUCACGUAAUUGACCAAGGCAUCCAAGAUCUUGCUCGAGAAUUCCGGUUCACGAUCGAGGAGGUCCGGGAGUACUAUGAUAAGUGUGGAGAUAUGGAGCGUACGAGGAAUAGGUUUAAGAGGAUGCGAGAGGUACUUCAAGCCCUGCCGGAUGACGAAUCGCCUCUAUCGUAGUUCCCAUGGCAAUGUGCCAGAUGUUGGCCCAAUGUGUAUCAUAUAGAGUACCUUGAAGCAUGCUUCAUGAACAUUCUUUGCUCGACCGACAAAGAUGAUGGAAGGCAAGGCAUCCCCUCGAUUGUUAGGGAGCAUCGAAAUCCGUCAAUAAUUUAUAAUCUACAGCUCUAACAGGAGCUGUAGGACUAUCGAAUGCUUUACGACGCCUGAAGGACCAACAUCAGUAUCGUUCUUUGAAAAAGAAAACAGUUUAUGGACUUACUUCUCGCCCGCCGCAACGGACGG